GAGGGGUGGAGUCUGGGCCGCCUCCUGGACCCCUGCCCUCUUUGCCUGGCCUUCCAAGGCCAGGCAGUCUCAGGCUGGAAACAAGGAGAAGCGAUGGCCCUUAGAGGAGGUCCUGGAGGCAGCUCCAGCUGGGAUGGCAUCUCUAAGGGCCACCUGGGGGUCCAGCCCCAUGGGGGGCGCCCUAGGUCUUUGACAGCCCACCAUCGGUGCUCCUCUGGCCCAUCCAGCCUCAGGCCACUCGCCAUGGGUGGCUGCUUCUCCAAGCCCAAGCCAGUGGAGCUCAAGAUUGAGGUGGUGUUGCCCGAGAAGGAGCGGGGCAAGGAGGAGCUGUCAGCCAGUGGGAAGGGCAGCCCUCGUGCCUACCAGGGCAAUGGCACCGCCCGCCACUUCCACACAGAGGAGCGCCUGCCCACCCCUCACUCCUACCCUGGCCCCCAGGACUGCGUGGAGGCUGCCGUCUGCCAUGUCAAGGACCUUGAGAAUGGCCAGAUGCGGGAAGUGGAGCUGGGCUGGGGGAAGGUGUUGCUGGUGAAGGACAAUGGGGAGUUCCAUGCCCUGGGCCACAAGUGCCCCCAUUAUGGAGCACCCCUGGUGAAAGGCGUGCUGUCACGUGGUCGGGUACGCUGCCCCUGGCAUGGAGCCUGCUUCAACAUCAGCACUGGGGACCUGGAGGACUUCCCCGGCCUGGACAGUCUGCCCAAGUUCCAGGUGAAGAUUGAAAAGGAGAAGGUGUAUGUCCGGGCCAGCAAGCAGGCCCUGCAGCUACAGCGAAGGACCAAGGUGAUGGCCAAGUGUAUCUCUCCGAGUGCUGGACACAGCGGCAGCACCAAUGUGCUCAUUGUGGGUGCAGGUGCAGCUGGGCUGGUGUGUGCGGAGACACUGCGGCAGGAGGGCUUCUCCGACCGGAUCGUCCUGUGCACGCUGGACCGACACCUCCCCUAUGACCGGCCCAAGCUUAGCAAGUCACUGGACACACAGCCAGAGCAGCUGGCCCUGAGGCCUAAGGAGUUCUUCCGCACCUAUGGCAUCGAGGUGCUCACUGAGGCCCAGGUGGUCACAGUGGACGUGAGAAACAAGAAGGUCGUGUUCAAGGAUGGCUUCAAGCUGGAAUACAGCAAGCUGCUGCUGGCACCAGGGAGCAGCCCUAAAACCCUUAGCUGCAAAGGGAAAGAGGUGGAGAACGUGUUCACCAUCCGGACGCCAGAGGAUGCCAAUCGCGUGGUGAGGCUGGCCCGAGGCCGCAAUGUGGUUGUCGUGGGAGCUGGCUUCCUGGGGAUGGAGGUGGCCGCCUAUCUGACUGAGAAGGCCCACUCGGUGUCCGUGGUGGAGCUGGAGGAGACGCCCUUCCGGAGGUUCCUGGGGGAGCGUGUGGGUCGCGCCCUGAUGAAGAUAUUUGAGAACAACUGGGUAAAGUUCUAUAUGCAGACAGAGGUGUCGGAGCUGCGGGCCCAGGAGGGAAAGCUGAAGGAGGUUGUGUUGAAGAGCAGCAAGGUUGUGCGAGCUGACGUCUGUGUGGUGGGCAUUGGUGCAGUGCCCGCCACAGGCUUCCUGAGGCAGAGUGGCAUCGGUCUGGAUUCCCGCGGCUUCAUCCCUGUCAACAAGAUGAUGCAGACCAAUGUCCCAGGUGUGUUUGCAGCAGGGGAUGCUGUCACCUUCCCCCUUGCCUGGAGGAACAAUCGGAAAGUGAACAUCCCCCACUGGCAGAUGGCUCAUGCCCAGGGGCGUGUGGCGGCCCAGAACAUGCUGGCACAGGAGGCAGAGAUCAGCACCGUGCCCUAUCUUUGGACAGCCAUGUUCGGCAAGAGCCUGCGCUAUGCAGGCUACGGAGAAGGCUUCGAUGAUGUCAUCAUCCAGGGGGAUCUGGAGGAGCUGAAGUUUGUGGCUUUUUACACCAAAGGUGAUGAGGUGAUCGCAGUGGCCAGUAUGAAUUAUGAUCCAAUCGUUUCCAAGGUGGCUGAGGUGCUGGCCUCAGGCCGUGCCAUCCGGAAGCGGGAGGUGGAGCGCAGCAAGCACACAGUGGUGGCCUAUAAAGAUGCCAUCUAUGUAUUUGGUGGAGACAAUGGGAAGACGAUGCUUAAUGACCUCCUGCGGUUUGACGUGAAGGACUGCUCCUGGUGCAGGGCCUUCACCACUGGGACUCCACCAGCUCCCCGCUACCACCACUCGGCUGUUGUCUAUGGGAGCAGCAUGUUUGUCUUUGGGGGCUAUACUGGAGACAUUUAUUCCAAUUCUAAUUUGAAGAAUAAAAAUGAUCUUUUUGAAUACAAGUUUGCAACUGGCCAAUGGACGGAAUGGAAAAUUGAAGGACGAUUGCCAGUUGCUAGAUCAGCCCAUGGUGCCACUGUGUACAGUGAUAAGCUGUGGAUCUUUGCUGGCUAUGAUGGCAAUGCCAGGCUGAAUGACAUGUGGACGAUUGGCCUCCAGGACCGGGAGCUCACCUGCUGGGAGGAGGUGGCUCAGAGUGGCGAAAUCCCACCAUCUUGCUGCAACUUCCCGGUGGCUGUGUGUCGGGACAAGAUGUUUGUGUUCUCGGGGCAGAGUGGAGCCAAGAUAACCAACAACCUCUUCCAGUUUGAAUUCAAGGAUAAGACGUGGACACGCAUCCCCACUGAGCACCUGCUCCGGGGCUCUCCACCACCCCCACAGCGGCGCUACGGGCAUACCAUGGUGGCCUUUGACCGCCACCUCUAUGUGUUUGGGGGUGCAGCUGACAACACACUGCCCAAUGAGCUGCACUGCUAUGAUGUGGACUUCCAGACCUGGGAGGUUGUCCAGCCCAGCUCUGACAGUGAGGUCAGUGGGGCUGAGGUGCCUGAGCGAGUAUCUGCUUCUGAGGAGGUGCCCAACCUGACCUCUGAGGAGCGAGGCAGCUUUAAGAAGUCCCGAGAUGUGUUCGGCCUGGACUUUGGCACUACCUCAGCCAAGCAGCCCAGCCAGCCAGCCUCAGAGCUGCCCAGUGGGAGGCUCUUCCAUGCAGCCGCCGUCAUCUCAGAUGCCAUGUACAUCUUUGGAGGCACUGUGGAUAACAACAUCCGCAGUGGGGAGAUGUACAGGUUCCAGUUCUCCUGCUACCCCAAGUGCACGCUGCACGAGGACUAUGGGCGGCUGUGGGAGAGCCGCCAGUUCUGUGACGUGGAGUUUGUGCUGGGUGAGAAGGAGGAGUGUGUGCAGGGCCAUGUGGCCAUUGUCACCGCACGGAGCCGCUGGCUCCGCAGGAAGAUUGUGCAGGCACGGGAACGGCUGGCUCAGAAGCUGCAAGAAGAGGCAGCCCCCACUCCCAAGGACACCCUCGGUACUGCUGUAGGGGGAGCCCGGCCACCCUUGCUGCACGUGGCCAUCCGGGAGGCCGAGGCGCGGCCCUUCGAGGUGCUCAUGCAGUUCCUCUACACCGACAAGAUCAAAUACCCCAGGAAAGGCCACGUGGAGGAUGUGCUGCUCAUCAUGGACGUGUACAAGUUGGCACUGAGCUUCCAACUGUGUCGCCUGGAGCAGCUCUGCCGGCAGUACAUUGAGGCAUCUGUGGACCUGCAGAACGUGCUGGUCGUGUGUGAGAGCGCCGCCCGGCUGCAACUGGGUCAGCUCAAGGAGCACUGCCUGAACUUUGUGGUGAAGGAGUCCCACUUCAACCAGGUGAUCAUGAUGAAAGAGUUCGAGCGCCUCUCAUCCCCACUGAUCGUGGAGAUUGUGCGGCGGAAGCAGCAGCCGCACCCUCGCACCCCCUCAGACCAGCCUGUGGACAUCGGCACAUCUCUGAUCCAGGACAUGAAGGCGUACCUGGAGGGGGCGGGUGCAGAGUUCUGUGACAUCACGUUGCUGCUGGAUGGGCACCCACGGCCAGCCCAUAAGGCCAUCCUGGCUGCCCGCUCCAGCUACUUUGAGGCCAUGUUCCGGUCCUUCAUGCCUGAGGAUGGGCAGGUGAACAUCUCCAUCGGGGAGAUGGUGCCCAGCAGGCAGGCCUUUGAGUCCAUGCUGCGCUACAUCUACUACGGCGAGGUCAACAUGCCGCCUGAGGACUCCCUCUACCUGUUUGCGGCCCCCUACUACUACGGCUUCUACAACAACCGGCUGCAGGCCUACUGUAAGCAGAACUUGGAAAUGAAUGUGACCGUGCAGAACGUGCUGCAGAUCCUAGAGGCAGCUGACAAGACACAGGCACUGGACAUGAAGCGGCACUGCCUGCACAUCAUUGUGCACCAGUUCACCAAGGUCUCCAAGCUACCCACGCUGCGGUCACUGAGCCAGCAGCUGCUGCUUGACAUCAUAGACUCCCUGGCCUCCCACAUCUCUGACAAGCAGUGCGCAGAGCUGGGUGCUGAUAUCUGAGGCCCUGUGGCAUCCACCUAGAGUGAAGAGUAGCCAUGCCUGCCUGCCCGCCCUGCCCACUGCAAAGACUGCACCAGCCACACUCACACCAGUAGCAGUGCUGCACUGCCAGGCCCUGGGCCAGGGUGUCCAGAGGGGGUCGCAUAGGAUGUAGAUGGUGAAGCAGACCUCCGCCCCAGCUAGUACCCUUUCCUGGAGUGGAAGUGUGGGUAGGAGGCCCUGGCUCAGUGAUGAGGACAGUACUGAGAAGUAGAAAGAGACUCCAGAGCCGUGACCUUGGACCUCCCACCCAGCAGGGCCUGGGCAUGGGUUUUGGGGGUCUCAGCAUGGCCUCAGCCUGCGUAUGUUGUGGAUCCAGGCACUGGGUCGUUUUUUAAGGCCCUGCUGAUGUGGGAGGGGACCUAGCAGAACUGCUGCCCCAUGAGAAUCUGCCUGGGCUGUACCCUACCUCACCCUCACUGAGGUUGAUGUAAGGGGUCCCUCUUCCCAUCCACAGCUUAUAAUUGGGGACUCAUGACGGAUAGGUCUGACUCAAGAUGAACUUUGGAGUGAAGGGCCCUGAAGUCAGCUCCCAGCCAAAAGAUUGUCCAUGCUGGACUGGGCCUGGCUCUCAGAUGGUCUGCAGGAUCCUAGCCCACCUGUGUGUACAUCAGGGCUCAAGGCUGGGGCAAGAAAGAAGUCAGGAGAAGUGCCCCCCAGGUCUUUGUGUCCCUUACUAAGUAUUUAUUCUGUUACAGAUAUGCCUCUAUUAAAGCCACAGCAGUGCUACUCCACGUGCCUCUUCUGGCACAGUUUCCACCUCCACCCUCUGGCCCUUGGCUGUCCUGCAGUGGAGGACCAGCUGUGAUCUGAUGGCUUGGGAGCCACUUAGAUACAGGUUCAGCCAGUCUUGCCUGUUUCUUUUUUCUUUUUUUUUGAGAGGAAGUCUCAAGCUGUAGCCUUUGGUAGAGUGCUGUUGCAUCAAUAGCUCACAGCAACCUCCAACUUUUGUGCCUAAGUGAUUCUUUUGCUGCAGCCUCUCAAGUAGCUGGGAUUACAGGCACCCACCACAAUGCCUGGCUAUUUUUUGGUUUUAGUUGUUGUUUGGCGGGCCCGGGCUGGAUUCGAACCUGCUAGCUCUGGUGUAUGUGGCGGGUGCCCUAGCCACUCGAGCUACAGGCGCUGAAUCUUUUUUUUUUUGAAACAGAAUCUCAUUAUGUUGCCCUUUGUAGAGUGCUGUGGCGUCACAGCUCACCGCAACCUCUAACUCUUCUAUUGCCUCAGUCUCCCAAGUAGCUGGGACUACAGAUGCCUGUCAAAAUGCCCAGCUAUUUUUUUGGUUGUAGUUGUUGGCAGGCCCAGGCUGGAUUUGAACCUGCCAGCUCCAGUGUAUGUGGUUGGCACCCUAGCCACAGAGCUACAAGCACUGAGCCAAGUCUUGCCUGUUUCUUUAUCCACAUUGUUAAACAGCUCCCUGCCCCCACUUGGGGCCACCCAGUCACAUGGGGAGAAAGGACUGGGAACUCCAGAGCAGGCACCCUGCUCUCAUGCUCAGUCUGUCCCUGUGCUGUACUGUUUGCUCCUCGGGAGACGGACCAACCCACUGGGCUGGGAGACAAAGACAAGCUAGUACCUUCUCCUGUUGUCCUAGAGGUCUUCUGUGAGUCUACAUUGAUGCCAGGGACCUUGUCCUGCCUUUCUAGGAAGAAGAGUCCAGGACCCCUUUUUGUCCUGGCUGCCACAGAACCAAAGCUCACCUCAGUGAAAACGAGCUGCUGUCUUCUGGCUGUGCUCCACAAACACGGCCUUGCCACAGCUGCAGCCUUGAUUGCAGGGCCCCAGGUGGCUGUGUGCAGGUGGAUGGGGGACCCUGGAUAGUUAAGGUGGGCACCCUUGGCCAAUGGUAACAGACUCAUUAAGUCAGACAGCAGGCUAGCAAGGGGCAUGUGCAAGGCAAGCUGGGAAGCAAGGGAGGAAGAAGCAAGAGUGAGGCAGAGGAUGACAUGUGGAGAGGCUCCAUCAGCACCCAGAGAACCGUAACACUGGGUGGGUAGGCUGGGUGAGUCACUCAUGGUGGGAGCAUGGAGCUGCUACCCAUCCAGUGUCCACGAGAUCUGACUCUUGCUGCGCCCAUAGGACAGCCUCAUCCAUACUCAGAGGGUCCUGUCUGGAGGCCUCCAUGAACUACCACCUGCAAACCCUGCUCUAUGCUGACCCUUGUAACUGCUCCUCAACCGUCUCUCUCAGACAUAACAUGAAUAAAGUUACACACUAAAGGCCCUAAAAACCAAA